UCCCUCAUUCAAUCGAGGCCAGGCAGUCUUUGGUGUUAAAGACCCCAGUGAAGACGCACAUUUGCAUCCAACUCCAAAAUGCAGCUGAUUCUCGUUGCGACCUUGCUGUGCCUGGCACUCGGCAGCUGCAGUGCAUCCAUAAGUGGACCUUUUAUUCUAUGGGGUCAUUCGAGGGUGUCUGGUCUACAGUCCCAGGCUUUGGUGGAAUCAAACAGCAGGGAACUGCCGCUGACGCAACUCUUCACCGAGGCCAAGGCAAUUGUGGUCUUUGUGCGGAACUCAACCAAUCGACUUGAGGGAACCAAGUAUCCCAUGUUCCAGAAUCUCGUCAAGAGUGGAGCCUGGACUUAUCUGCCACAAAGGAGUCUCGCAGCGGAACCAUUCGGUCUAAAUGCCAACAUUGAGGUCGUAAGCCUCUCAGGACAUGGAGAAGAGGACGACUCCGAAAUUCUGUCAGCCUACAACGACGCCUUAAACACCUACGGUCGUGGGGAAGUGCUUGGCAUUCUGGCCAGCCGAGAGGAGGAGGCUCAUUUUCUGGCCAAGAGGGAGGCUACUCCAGCUGCCGAGGAGGAAGAGAAGCCAAAGGCUGCUGAAGGUGCUGAAGAGACUGAGGCCAGUUUCAUUUAUGUGGCCGAGGGAAACAAGGCGGUGCUGAGCUUAAAUGGACCACUGGAACUUCGGCUGACGAAUGACACCCUGAAGCUGGAGGAGCACAUCAAGCAGAUCACCUUUGAUGAUCAGCGUGCUAAGGGAUAUGGUCGAUUGAGCAUCACCUUUAUGCAUUCCGGAGAGAAGUGCACACUGCGUUUUAAAUUCUCCCUGGUUCGUGGUUCCUGGACCUUGCGCAAUGUUGAGGUUGAGUAUCGGGAGCUGAAGAGUGUCCUAGUGGCUCGUGGUGAUGAGUAUACUCUGCCCUCCGCUCCGUUGGGAUUCUCCUACCGUUGUUCCGCGGAAAACGUCAACUUCCUGAACCCCGCAAGGAAUGAGACGAUCCAGAGUUUGGUCCUCACUGAUUUCCAGGUGCAACCGUGGCUGAACGGACGCCAGGAGUAUGGCGAGGUCUACGAUUGCGUGGGUUUCGUUACGGCUCCCAUCCUAGCAGGACUCUUUGUGGUGACCCUGCUUCUUGGCAUCCUGGGACUUGGGAUAUCCGCCAUGCUCAGCAUGCAUACACCCAACCGGUUCGAGAGUUCGCGCAGCAAGCAGUUGACCUUCACCAUACAGGAGUAGGAGAGUCACUAAGACGAUAAUCAUUAAUGAUCCAAGAGAUCUCCGGGAGCCAUGUUCAUCCAGAUCACCUAUGUGGUGUUCAAGCCUCUGGCCUUGUUCACCCUGGCCAUCGAGCUCUUCCUCAUCCAUCUGCUGUUCGUGUUGAUCGUGCUUUACGUGUAUGUGCUAUGGUAUUACUGAAGAGUCAAAAUUCGAAAUGAACUAUUAAAAAUUUAUAACUGAAAUGAAAGCCAGCAAGCCAGUGAAGUUUCUUUGAGAGUGGUUAAAAUAUCAAGUAAAAUAUACUGCGUUGAAAUGCAAUUUAAAAGCAUGCCGUUCCCUAAAUAUUUAGUGAUCCCUUAAUCAUAAAUUAAACAAAAAUAUACCAAAUUUAUUAAAUUACAAGUUAAACUACAAUUUAAAUACUCGCUGCAGGAUAACAGAUAUAAAUAAAGGAUGCCAUCAACUUUCAAAGGG